AUGAAAGCCAGAACGGAUAUACGUUUUAUGACUACGGCAUUCAUUUGUCUUUUCCUAGUCUUGGGUUUUGUGUCGUGUACAACGCUGAAUUUAAAUGAACCCAAAACGUGGUCUACAGACAAUUUAAAACUAUGGCUGGCCGAACACGACAUAAAUUUCGAAGGGAUUACACAAAAGCCAGACCUGGUUAAUUUAGUGGAAAACAGUCGGAUAACAACAAAACAAACUUGGGACUCUGUGGAUGAGGCAGUUGGCGAAUUUACUAAUCGUGUUGGAACGUAUCUGAAAGAACUCCUUAAUGAAUAUAAGGAUGCAUCGCAGAACGAUUUGCAAGCGUUCCAGGAUAAAGCUGCUAGCAACAUUGAAGAUGUGCGAGAAAGUAUUGGCUUAAACGAGGAUCAAAUGGCAGGAGCUCUCGAGAAAAUCAAGUUUAACCUCGGGUCGACCGAUGCCAAGAUCAACAAGGCUAUUCAAGACAUUGGCCGAUCAUAUGCUUUCGCAAAGUUAAAGAGGGAUGAAAUCGCGAGGGAAAGUCUCGGUCGAAUCAGGGAAGAUUAUAAAAAUUCAAAGGACGUCUCUACCGAUUGGUUAAAAGACAAAUGUGAAGACUUGUAUAAUAGUGCCGGAUUUGCCAAAUCAAGGAUUCGGAGCCAAUACGUUCUUAUUAUCAACGAUAUUCACGAACAGCUCGUUUCGUCCAAGGACAUGUCAGCUGAUCAGGCCAAGGCCAUUUGUGAUAAACUCUUGGCUUCCCUCGAUGCGACGUAUAAUACGACAGGCAGUAAAUUAUAUCGUCUUCGUAGAGAGCUGUACAAUGCUAUUGGUUCAUUAGCAUACAAAGUCGUUUCCGAGAUAAAGUCGCAAUUCGCGGCAAUUAACGACUAUCGCCAACUCACGCAGGACAGGAUUCAAAGCGUAACCGAUCAGAUUGGCCAGAAACUAGCGGAUGGGAAAGAAUAUACAGUAGAACAAGUCGAUGCUAUUAAGAAUGCCGCUGCAAAUUACUUGAGUAGGGCAAGAGACGAUGCCAAUUCUCUUACCGACCAGACUAAACAAACGAUCCUUGAAACGAAACAAACUCAAGAAAAUCGAUUCAACCGAUUGGCAGAGUAUUUGAGGGACACGUUUAAAAAAUCGCGCGAUGCAUCAUCGGAGCAGAUCUCUAUACUGCUUUCGGAACUUCAAGACAAGUUGGUGGCUACUCAGAAUUUGACCAAGGAACAGGCAAGGAUAGUAAAAGAGACUAUGGACGAAAAGCUUGGGGACGUGAAGGAUGCAAAGGACUUGUCUGAGGAGCAAGUGAAUAAUUUCAUUGAUGCUUUACGUCAGAAAUUUGCGGAUGCGUACGACGCCACUGGCCAAAAAUACGAAAGCGUUGCUUCAAAAGUAAAAGAGCAGUUACCGACAAAGGAUGAGUUGUAG